AUGGGGUCACCAGUUUGGUUCAUGGCCCAACAGGGCUCAGCAGGACAGAGCAACAUGCUAUCAACCCUCAUCCCUCCCAUUAGACACUGGGAUAACGGAGCAUCGUCAGCUGAGGACGCAGAUAAUUCAAGCACAAGCAGUUUGGAGGUGAAAGAGAAUCAGGAAGAUAAAAUCCAAAUGGACUGCCACCUUCUACGAAAGUUUCAUCCAUCAACUUUUUGCACAACUUUCCCCAGACAUGGACCUAGAGCUCUGAAGAGGAAACAGCCAUUGGUGGACGGGAUCGACCGGCUGCUCUACCAAAGCCAUUUGACUUGUAAAAGAGCAGCCUGGGCCGUCACUCAGAAGAAUGCACUGGUGCAGUUGAACGAGCUAAAACCAGGUCUACAGUAUGAGAUCAUAUCAAAGACAGGCCCUCUGCACGCUCCAGUGUUUUCCGUAGGCGUGGAGGUAAACGGUCUCCAUUUCGAGGGUCAAGGACCGACAAAGAAACAGGCCAAGAUGAGGGCUGCAGAGCUGGCUCUGCGGUCCUUCAUCCAGUUCCCGAAUGCUUCACAGGCUCACGCCACCAUGGGGAGCUUCGUCAACACACCUACGGAUUUUACAACAGAUAAACUGGACAACCAUGACGCCUUCCCCAAAGACUUUGAGCCAUUGCUGCAUGAAAACUGUGAUCUCCUGAAAUGCAACACAGCAAAAAAGGAGGUCUUCUCCAGCACAUACAACCACAGGCGACUCGUUCGACUCACGCUGGACUUGUUGGUCUCCUCGACAAAUCCAAAAAGACGAGCCCUUAGCGCUUCACUUUUAGAGCGCCUCAGCCCAGUGGCGCUGCUCAAUGAGCUGCGACCAGGACUCAGAUAUGUCUGCCUGACGGAGAGAGUUCAUGGCAGGCCCAUGAGGAGUUUUGUUAUGGUUGUUAGGGUGGAGGGGAGGGUGUUUGAAGGGUGUGGUCACAGUAAAAGGCUGGCCAAGGCUCAGGCAGCAGCAGCAGCUCUACAAUCUCUUUACAACAUCAGUUUAGGACCAGAGAGGAAGGUGAUGGGCCUCCAGGGCAGCAGAGCCAAAGAUCAGCUACCUCAGUUCUUCGCAGAGUCAAUCUUCCACUUGGUGAGAGAGAAAUACACGGAGCUGACAGACAGUUGCUUCUCUACCUCGCACGCCCGUCACAAAGUCCUGGCGGGGAUCGUAAUGACCCGAGGAUUUGACCUCAGAUCGGCCCAGGUCGUGUCUCUAGCUACGGGGACCAAAUGUCUCGACCUGGACAACGUGAUCGACCGAGGCUGUACGGUCAGCGACUGCCACGCCGAAGUCAUCAGCAGAAGAGCGUUGGUUCGAUUCCUGUACGCUCAGCUGGAGCUGCUGCUAUGUAAGCCGGCAGACGUCGAGGAACAAUCAAUCUUCGUACCAAAUAAAAGCUGCGGGGGUUUCCGGCUGAGAGACGGCGUUCUCUUCCACAUGUACGUCAGCUCGUCGCCGUGCGGAGACGCUCGACUCAACUGCCCCUACGAGACGGCCUCCACAUAUCACAGCCGGAGGUUUCGCUGUCACCUCAGGAUGAAGGUGGACGGAGGCGAGGGGACGCUGCCCGUCACGGCACGGAGAGCCAAUCAGAUGUGGGACGGAGCGUCGCCAGGGAAACCGCUCAUCACCAUGUCCUGCACCGACAAAAUGGCAAAGUGGAGCGUGGUUGGCCUGCAGGGGGCGCUCCUGUCCCGCCUGCUGGAGCCGGUUUACCUGCACAGUCUGACGGUGGGCACGCUGAGCCACACGGGUCACCUGGGCCGAGCCAUGGCACGCCGCCCCGCUCCCGUCAAACACCUGCCCUUCCCCUACCGGCGACAGCAGCUGCUGCUCGGCUGUCUGAGCAGCAGCGAGGGUCGGCCGGCUGGAAAGGCGCCAAAUGUCAGCGUGAACUGGAGCUGUGGGGACGGAGGCCUGGAGGAGAUCAGCACCUCCACAGGGAUUAGGAAGGACUCAGGGACGCCGUCACGGCUCUGCAGGAGCUCCCUGUUCGCCCGCUGGCAGAGGCUGCAGCAGCAGCUGUGUGGUCAGAUAUCGAUCACAGAGGACACUGUGGAUACGUACUCCGGUUGUAAGAUGGCUGCCGGACGCUACCAGAGGGCUAUGCAGCAGUUUACCGGCGCUCUGCAGGGGGCAGGGUUGGGAACAUGGGUCAGAAAACCACCAGAAGUGGGUCGAUUCAACGCCGCUGUGUGA